AUGGAACUUCCAACUUUUUAUUCAUAUUAUCGUUCUUCUUGUUCUUGGCGUGUUCGUACAACUUUGAAUUGGAAAGGAAUUGAUUAUGAAACGAUUCCAAUCAGUUUAAUAAAGGAUGAACAAAAAACACCAGAAUAUAAAUCUCUUAAUCCGUUUCAAGUUGUUCCAACGUUGGAAAUUGAUGGAACGGUGCUGACUCAAUCUAUCGCCAUCCUUGAAUACUUGGAAGAAACCAGACCAGAAAAGCCUUUAUUACCGAAAGACCCUACCAAGAAAGCCUUGGUUAGAUCGUUGGUUCAAGCGAUUGCGAGUGAUACGCAACCCAUCACUAAUUUGAGGGUCAUAAAAUACGCAGGCAAAGAAGAAUGGCCUAAAUAUUGGGUGACGAAUAAUUUUCAGUUCAUAGAGGUUCAACUUGCUUCCACGGCAAAAGAGUAUUGCGUGGGCGAUGAGGUUACACUUGCAGACGUUUGUCUUGUGCCUCAAGUUUACAAUGCUCUCAGGUGGGAAGUAGAUAUGACGAAAUUUCCGAUCAUUCAUCGUAUUUACAUCAAAUGUUUAGAAUUGGAUGCAUUCAAGGCGGCUCAUCCUCAUAGACAAAUUGAUUGCCCGAGCGAGUUAAAAGAAAUUUAA